AAGAUGUGUUUUAAGAUAUGACUUGAACUCAGAUAAAGUGGAAGCCAUUCUGAUGUGAACUGGUAAGUUGUUCCAGAGGGUGGGACCAGCCACUUCAAAGGCUCUAGAUCCUCUGGUUUUUAAGCGGGUUCUAGGGGUCUGAAGGAGACAUUUGCCCUCUGAUCUUAGUCCCCUCUUCGAAGAGUAGGAAGUGUGUGUGUGUGUGUGUGUGUGUGUGAACUAGAGCUUUUUAUGUGUUUCAUGAGUUUUGUUUCCUGUUUAAUCUUAUGUCGUUUUCUUUGCCAUAGUGAAUUGUGGAAAGCCUGCUGUGGACUUUAAUGGGAUGGUGUAUGGGAGUGAUUGGUGGGUGGGUUCUGUAGUGCGGUACGACUGCAGACCAGGGUUCGUGUUGGUGGGAGAUCCUGCCCGAGCCUGUCAGUCCAAUGGGAAAUGGACGCCCAAACCAUCCUGUCUUAGAGUGUGUUAUCGUGGCCGGGUUGAGAUCAAUGAGAAGGACAUCGACGGGACAUGUUCGUCCACCUGUCCUGAUGCUAAAAGCUAUGCAGUCCCUCUGAACCACAAAUGCAGUCGUAUUGAGAACUGCAGAACUAAAGAAUCAGGCUGGAAGCGCUGGUUUACACGCUGCAACUACUGCGACUGUGACUGCUUCACUCCCUGUGCUUUACAGGAUAGAAGACAGUGAAUCUGUAUUCAUUAUCCUCUGGAAACAACAGAAUUCAUUUUUAUUUGAAUGUAAAGAGAGAGGCUUGACAUGUAACCUUAACAGAGCUUGUCAAACUGAAUAUAAAAGCAUUUUAUGCAUCUCUAGAUCCUAAAUAUCUACACAAUUGGAGACCUUUAUUUUAAUCACUGACUACAAAAGCCCAGAUGUCUGGAAAUGUCGCUGUUUCCCCUUAUCUGUGUUUAGUAGUACAGAUAUGUAAUGUACAUUUGAUUGUAUAGUUAGAGUUUACAACUGUGGAAAGAUCAGAGAAACAUUUCUGUUCCAGUAUUAUACUAUUGUAGAUCCAAUGAAAUUAUUAUUCAUACUCCUUGCAUUAAUAUAGUUGAUCCGAAUCAGAGUGAUCUCUUUUAUAACCACAAAACAGAAAACAAAUGUCCUUUUAGUCCCAAGUGGUGAAGUUCAUAAUGAAAUUCUCAUUUUUCUUGGGUUGGUAGCAGCCAAUUCCUGCAAAAGAUUGGGAAAUUUAUUUUGUUUAUAUAUAUACUGUAUAUAGAGUGUUGUAAAUAAAAUGAAAGCAAAAUACCAAUUCAUUCAAAAAAAUUCUUUAAAAUCUGUGUGGCUAAUUAAACUCAUACACCUACCCACAUUCAGUCGGGUUAUACUGUUUCCUUUCUUCGAUGGAAGCUCCCAAUAUGUGUGGUUUUCAGUAGAUCCAGCCAGUCCGUUCACACGCUCCAGAUAUAUGCCAAAGCUUUUGUUAAUACUGUAUGUGAAACUAAUAGAAAUAAAAAUAGGAGAAUUAGCACAAAAGAAUAACAUUACCACUACAACAGUUCUUUAAAGUCCUGAGCCUUGUACAAUAGACUGACACGGUAAAAAGAUGCCCCAUUUCCCCAUAACCUAUCAACCUACUAUGCUAAACUUGAUUUAUGUAAAGUACAUUAAACCAGAAUAAUUUGAUAACAUUUUGUGACAUACGUGAAGCUGUUGUUGGUAUCCUUUAGUUUAUUUAAGACCCCAAACAUCAGCAUUCCCACUGUCACAGCAGUGGGGUAGGAGACCUUUGUGUUAGCGAAUUUAUUAGCGACAGUCACCUUAAUGGGGAUCUGUCCCUGCUGUCCUGUUAAGAAGAGAGAUUUUUGUGCAUAAGAGAGACUCAGAGAAUCCUAUAAUAUCAAUGUAUUAAAUCUUUUAAAAUGUUAUUUAGGAUGUUAGACCUAAAAGGAUUUAAAUUCAAUCACGUUUCUCCUCGUAUUUAGCAGAAAUCUUGGCUUUAUAGAAGCAAACUCACCUGAGUGGUCAUCACAUUCCCCCAGCCCUGGGAAAGGCUGCAAAAGCUGCAAAGCACAGAAGACUAAUCGCCGUCAGAGCCAUUCUAGCAGUCUGCAAAGUGUGUCUGAAUGUCUAUG